AUGGUUUCCCCGUCCACGUCGCCAAUGGAGCGGCCUCCACCGACCACCGCCGCCAUUGUGAUCGCCACGGCGAUUUUGGCCGGGAUCACGGGAUACUUCCUAGGCCAGGGAGCCUCGAUAGGGCUUUUCGGGUCUGCAGCGGUUUCGCCGCGCCGCGUCGGCGUCGAGAAGGGGGAUAUCUCCGAGGAAGAAGACCAAGAGGAGGAGAGCGCGGAAGAGAGCGAAGAUGAGGGAGGUGAACUUGCGACGUUUGAAGGGAAUACGGAGGAGGUGAAGCUUGUCUUGGUGGUGCGGACGGAUUUGGGUAUGGGGAAAGGCAAAAUCGCCGCCCAAUGCUCCCAUGCCACACUCGCCUGCUACAAGCACUACUUUUCCAAGUCGCCAAACUCACCUAUCCUCAAGCGCUGGGAGAGAGGUGGCCAGGCCAAGGUUGCACUUCAGGUCAAAGGCGAGGAAGACAUGCUACUGCUACAGGCUCAGGCGCUUAGCCUGGGAUUGUGUGCGCGGGUAAUACAGGACGCUGGACGGACGCAGAUUGCCAGUGGCAGUCGGACCGUCUUGGGAGUCUUGGGUCCAAAGAGCGUAGUUGACAGUGUGACCGGGCAUUUGAAAUUACUGUAA